GGAUAGGCAGUGUUUGUGUGGCAAUACCGGAGUAUAUCGUUUGUACUUUAGCGUUAUUCCGAUUUAACAACUUAAUUUAAUAAUUUACUUGCUUUUUCAUUUUCGUUUUCAAUUUCUCUCUCUGAAUCGAUCUUCACGGCCUCGCUUCUUUUCGAUCUCUCCCUCCACGAAAUUAGGGUUUACAGCAGCACCUCCUUCAGCUUGACCUAGAUUUCCCAGAUCCACCAACCUUCGUCUUCUUCUACCUCCCACAUGUUUUGGAAACUCGCAUCUCUUUCUGCUUCCUCUCCCGUGGGUUUUUCCUUCCUCUUUGCGCUUUUUUCACUUUAAUUCCGCUACUUCAGUUACUUUCCCGUUUUGAAUCUAUCUCAUUUAUUUUUCCAUUGCUUUCUAUGUUUUGUUCCUAAUUACCAAUUUAUGCGUUGUGUUUUUGGAUAAUUAUGCUAAUUUUGCUUAUUGCGUUAUGUGAUUAUCUGAUUAUCGCAAUUUCUGUUGUUUGGAUCGAUUUUACGUGUUUUAGGUUUUUUAAACUGUGUUAUACAACUGAUAGGCGAAAAUGGCCUUAGAGCUAAAGAAAUGGUGCUUAUCAGAAGGAUUGAAGUCCUUAAAGCAUGUAAAACUCGCUCACUGCCGCCUCCUCCGCCUCAACCUCCACCACGACAACUACCUCCUCAACACCAUCCUCCGCUCUUCCUUAAACUUCUCCAACACCCACUACCCAAUCUUAGUUUUCCAUAAAACAACCUUAAACCCAAACACCUUCCUUUACAACACCAUGAUUCGCGGCAUGGUUUCAAACGACCGUUUCCUUGAUGCUGUUCAGUUGUAUUCCUCAAUGCAUAAAGCUUCCCUCGUCCCUGAUAACUUUACUUUCCCUUUUGUCCUCAAAGCUUGUGCAAGACUCAACCUUUUUCAAUUGGGUCUGAGUGUUCAUUCUCUUGUGAUUAAAACUGGUUUUGAUUAUGAUGUUUUUGUGAAAACAAAUGUUGUUUGUUUUUACUCUAAAUGUGGAUUUUUAAGUGAUGCACGGAAGGUGUUUGAUGAUAUUGCUGAUAAAAAUGUUGUGUCUUGGACUGCUAUUAUUUGUGGGUGUAUUGAGUUUGGUCAGUUUAGGGAGGCUGUUGAUUUGUUUAGAGGGUUGUUGGAGACGGGGUUGAGACCGGAUGGUUUUGUUAUUGUUCGGGUUUUGCGGGCUUGUGCGCGGUUAGGGGAUUUGGAGAGUGGGAGGUGGAUAGAUAGGUGUAUGAGUGAGUGUGGUUUGUGUAAGAAUGUUUUUGUGGCUACCUCUUUGGUGGAUAUGUAUGCUAAGUGUGGGAGUAUGGAGGAAGCGCGUUUUGUGUUUGAUGGAAUGGUUGAGAAGGAUGUUGUUUGUUGGAGUGCUAUGAUUCAGGGUUAUGCAUACAAUGGGAUGCCAAGAGAGGCACUUGAGUUGUUCUUUGAAAUGAGGAAGGUUAAUGUGAGACCUGAUUGUUAUGCCAUGGUGGGAGUUCUCUCUGCAUGUGCGAGGUUGGGAGCGUUGGAGUUAGGAAAUUGGGCUAAGUGUUUGAUGGAUGAGGAGGAGUUUUUGUCUAACCCUGUGUUAGGUACUUCCUUGAUUGACUUGUAUGCAAAAUGUGGAAGUGUGGAGGAGGCAUUGAGGGUUUACAAAAUGAUGAAAGAGAAAGACCGUGUUGUCUUCAAUGCUGUUAUUUCUGGACUGUCUAUGUAUGGACAUUUUGGGGCUGCAUUUGGAGUUUUUGGGCAAAUGGGAAAGUAUGGAAUUCGACCGGACGAGAAUACUUUUGUUGGUUUGCUCUGUGCGUGUACCCAUGCUGGUCUGGUUGAUGAUGGUCGUCGUUAUUUUAACAGCAUGAGUCGUGUAUUUAAUGUGACUUCUACCAUUGAGCACUAUGGAUGCAUGGUGGAUCUCCUAGCCCGUGCUGGUUUGAUGGUUGAAGCACAUAAUUUGAUCAAGGGUAUGCCAAUGAAGCCUAAUGCUAUUGUUUGGGGGGCAUUGUUGGGUGGAUGUAGGUUACAUCGGGAAACCGAAUUGGCUGAACAUGUGCUGAAACAGCUCAUUGAGUUAGAACCAUGGAAUUCAGGACAUUAUGUUCUGUUGUCAAAUAUAUAUUCAGCAAGUCAUAGAUGGGACGAGGCAGAAAAAAUUAGGUCAACAUUGAAUGAUAAAGGGAUGCAAAAGUUACCAGGGUAUAGUUGGGUUGAAGUUGACGGGGCUGUUCAUGAAUUCCUUGUUGGAGACACUUCCCAUCCAUUAUCACAAAAGAUAUAUGAAAAGCUUGAAAGCUUAUUGAAGGACUUAAAAGAAGCUGGUUAUAAUCCAACCACCGAGUUUGUACUCUUCGAUGUAGAGGAAGAGGAGAAAGAGUACUUCCUUGGCUGUCAUAGUGAAAAAUUAGCUGUUGCAUUUGCACUGAUCAGUACCGGUGCCAAAGAUGUGAUUCGUGUUGUUAAAAAUCUUCGUGUUUGUGGCGAUUGUCACGAGGCAAUAAAACUCAUUUCAAAGGUUACAGGGAGAGAGAUAGUCAUUAGGGAUAAUAAUAGAUUCCAUUGUUUCAGUAACGGUGCAUGUUCUUGUCGGGAUUAUUGGUAAAACUUUGGUGUAUUUUGUAUUCUAAAGUUAAAAUUCAUAGUUCGCUUCACUUCAAAAGUUGUCAACCUUUAUGUAUAAUCGGGAGGGGAUGAAUUAAAUCUGUGACAUCUUGCACCUGCCUUGAAUAUAGUGGAGAUUGAAAAUAGUUUUGCUGCAUUUGGAUGGAGAAAUGGCCACUUAUUUAAUGCAUCUGCAUACCUAACUUCAUAAUUCAUCCCAUCCCUCAAUUUGAAGCAUCAGAAUGUGCCUAAAAUUGAACUGGGAGAGGUUUUGUUGUCUUUCAGAAUGCAAAUUUUCUCCAGGUCUGUAAUUGUAAGUGAGCACGUGAAUUACAUAUUUGCUCACUAUUUUUUCAUUCAGUAUGAACCUAAUUAGUUUGAUGAUGUGGAAAAACUUUGCAAUUGCAUGACAGACAUAUUAAUCGGGUGGAGAAUAUAAGCAUAGUUUUUGAGAUCCACUGUAUAUGCAACUUAGAUCAGUCAGCUAUUGGAGUUCUAGCAAGAACGGCACACAUUUUGUAGCAAGGUGUGUUUGUUAUCAAAACAACAAUGUUAUCAUCGGCGACAAGUAGUAUAACCAGGGAAGUUAGAAUUGAAAGAAGAAACAACUAUAAGAAUGGCAAAGACAGAUCGAACAAGGAUCGAAGAAUCAAUAAAGUGGUUGUUCACGGUGUGCACAAAGAGGUAUAUGGAAUUUGGAGAAUCUUUUGCGAGCAAAAGGUAUAUGGAAUUUGGUGGCUGAUGGCUAUACAGAGAAAGCAGAAGGAGCUGUUGCAUCUGACGCCCAACGCAAAAUCCUUGAGAAUCUCAAGAUGAAGCAUCAUCGGGUGAAACAUUGCCUAUUCUAGGCGAUUGAUGGAACUGUGUUGGAACGGAUCUUGGAUAGUCGAACAUUACCUAAUACAGGAGUUUCCGUUCACCUCUUGUAUUGUCUCUGAUGCACAGCCAGUACUUCUAGCAGUAAGCUGCUCAGAAGUUCUUAAUGGAUAAUUCCUGAGCUGGGUAUAUUUUUGAAUAAAUCAUUUCCCAAGUUUUUUGUAUAGCUUUUUUAAUACUAUAGUUGCAUUAAACUACUAGACAGACUGUAUUUCUUGAUCAUCUUUGAUUGCUUUUUUGUUCCUGUUAUGUUUAGAUUUAUUAAAUUAAAAAAGUCACAGCUUGUCUGGGUUGUUCUGCAA